AUGGCUAGAGAUGGCAGCCUGACCCAGGCAGCAAAAGUGUGCAGAUCAUGCAAGAUACGGAAGAGGAAAUGCAACAAGGCCAUUCCCAAGUGCUCAUCGUGUUCGAGGAGGAACCUCUCACGCCAAUACGACUUGGAGACCGAUAUUCUAGACAUCAACAACAACUACCACAACGAUAGCCAACCAAAUAAUGCACAGUCAAUCGAGUAUUCAACCAUAUUAUUCCUCGACCCCGAACUAUUUGCCCAUGGCCCCGUGGAACUCCAUCAAACCAACAAGUACGCACCUCCACCGCAUAUUCUCCAGCUACUAGGAGACACAGACGCCAAAUUCUUCACGCACAUACACCCAUGGAUGCCUAUCAUAUCCAAAAAGCGAUUCUACGAACACUAUCUGACGUCUCCCAUCCAUUCUACACCGGAAAUUGUCCUCCUCCUGCUACUCGCCAUCAAGCUCAUCACGAAUCUCCCUCUCCGCAAUCCGCGGACGGAAUUGUACCAUGCCGUCAAGCAUUUCCAUCUUCAAGUAGAGGGUUCCAGCACCCUUUCGAUCCAGACCUUGCAAGCCGGGGUUCUGCUGGCUCUGUACGAGCUGGGCCAUGGCAUCUAUCCCGCUGCGAUUUUGGGCAUUGGUGCUUGCCCGCGAUAUGCGCAUGCCAUGGGGAAGACUCUUUCCCGCUAUUCGACACCCAUGACCAGCCACAUGAGCAAAUUCGCGCUCUUGUGUCAGGCCGCGAUGCUGCUGGGCCAGGUCUUGCAGCAUGUCUCUUCUUCUCUCCCUAGCAACUCCGGCAAUAGGUCUGAGAAUGCAGAGGUAAACGACGACAUCCGGAUCCAACUAGACCGCACGCUCCAAUCCAUCCUUGCAGCUGCGCUGGACGUGGACUCGCCGGACUACGAUCAAAUAGCGUUUGUUUACAGGUGUUUGUCCUCCGCUCUCCUCGCCCUUCACGCACCGUGGCUUUCCACAUCGUCCACCAACACCGUACGCACUACCCGCGCGAGACAAGUCAUCGAGCAAAUCACUCUCCGCAUAGAAACGAACCUAAUCGAGAAACUAUGCUUCCUCGGCCGCGAUCCAGAGGAUCUUUCGCCAUGGGGGAUCUUCUUUGCGUACCGGGUGUGCGUGGACCGCAUAUCUUCGUCGUCGUCGCCUCCCGAGUCUGAGAGCGGCUUUUGGGACGAUUGGUUGUAG